AUGAAAGUGAACCUGGGCAAAAGGGAACAAAAACAGCGAAAUAAUGAAGACACGCCUAUAGUGAUAUCUGACUCAGAGGAAACCGCAAGUAUUCCUUCAAUCGGAAGAUAUGAGCUUGAAUCGGAGUUUCCAAUAAUAUCUCCAUCUGAAAGCACUGUAACAGCUAACUCUAGCUUAGAAACAGCUCAUUCCGCCCGCGAUAUUGAUACUGAAGGAAAAACCUUUUUGACAAUUAUCGAUGCAUUUAGUAAAUUAGGACAAGCUCUUGAAAUCUCAAGUAAAUCCACUCCAGAAGUAGCACGAGCCCUAAUUAAAUAUUUCUCCGUUUAUGGUGUUCCAAAUAAAAUCAGUUCAGAUCCAGGUACAGAAUUUAAUAAUAUCCUUCUCAAGGAAACGUUACAGUUUUACAAAAUUGAACUUCAUAUAGGAACCCCACACAAUCCUAACUCUAUGGGUCUUAUAGAGCGAUUCCACUCUACAAUCUUAGAGAUAUAUCGAAUCGCUAAGUAUGAACAUAAGAUAACGGACGCCGCAUCUGUUAUGACAUACGCCGUGAUGUCAUAUAAUCAAAGUAUACAUUCAACUACUGGUCUAACACCAUUUGAGGUAGUAUUCGGACAUACUUCCGCAUCCAGUACAUUCAAUGUAGAUUUCUGUAAAGAAUACACACAAAAAUUAGUUAGAGAUCAUGUCAAAAGAACUAAAUACCUUUAUAAAUUCUUAACCGAUAAAAUCAUUCAUGGCAAAAAGAAAAUUCAAACUAAACAUGGAGGCGAAAAAGAGUUCUCCUUAGAAGAAGGAGAUGAAAUCUUCAUAAAAGGAACCAAUACCAGAAGAAGUAAAGAUAAAAAUAGAUAUCAAAAAGCAAAAAUUACAGGUGAAAUUAGUAGAAAUGUAGUACCCGUUAGUACCCAAGGUCGUGAUACUACAGUUCCAGUUAAAGAUAUUAGACGUCCUCCACAGAUGCUCUAUAUCACAAUAGAUGAGGUUGAAAAUGCUAUUGCAUUCAGUAAAUUAAGAACUCUACAUCAAUCAUUGAUAGAGACUGAGGAAUUGUUGGAAAUACUAAUUAAAGUUUCGAAAUCAAAUAAAUUAAUGUAUGAAGUUAACUUAGAAAACUUAUCUAAAUUAGAACAGUGUAUAGAAAUUAAGGCUUAUUCAAAGCAAAAUCAGAUAACAUUCGUAUUGGAAGUGCCACUUGUCGACCGAGAUAUGUAUACGUACUACAAAGUAAUUCCCUUACCUGUUACCAAUUCCUUUAAUCAAACUGUUUUUAUAAUUCCUAAAAAUCCCUACCUAUUAGCGAAAGGGUUGAAAACUGUGUCGCUCUCUACACCCUGCAAGGAGAUCGACAAAGAAAUGUUCCUGUGCAACAAGGAUGUACUGCAGUCCACAAUCAAGGACUCUUGUAUCGACGCCUUGAUGAAGCUCUCCACCAACAUCAGCUCCUGUACCCCUGUUGUAGCAAAAACGGGAAAACCUAAAAUAGAACCAAUUGAGGAUAAUCAAUGGAUUCUCUACAGUAAAACUACAAUUUUGUUAACGAAAAUGUGUAAUUCAGAAGAAACAAUAGAAAGAUUAUGUGGUACAUAUAUACUUAUCCUGGAUGAUGAAUGCAGAGCUAAGAUUAACAACAUAGUCCUGCAGCCACUUGAAACCUUAGGCGAUCCAGUGCAUUUCAGCAAGCUGCCAAUCGUCGAAUUUCCAGAGAUACCAGUUCCUGCCCCUUUACCUGAAAGAAAAACUUAUAACUUGGACGAAACAGAGUUAUCAAAGUUGGAACAUUUUGCCAGUAAAUAUGAUGAAACUGGGAACAUUCGUGAAAGUGCUAUAAACACACAUAGUAUAAGUGGGGAACAGAGUGAUGACUCUGACCAAGAAGAUGUUCUCUGUCCUCCACUAGGGCAAUUCUUGUUCGGCGCGUCUUCGCCGCGGGGGUGGCUGCCUCUUAUUUCAGUAGGCCGGAGUCAGAUGGUGGCUGGGUUCGGAUAG